UAGUAACUGUCAAAACAAAUUUAUAGUUUACUAAAUUAACAGAUAAUUAGGCGGGAGAGGGAGAGUAAAAGCUUGAAGCGGUGCUGGGGAAUUCAUCGUUAACGAUCGUCAUCUUCAUAAGCCAAUUGGAAAGAAGCAUACAUACAUACAGCAUGGGGAUUCCGUCAUCAUUAUAAGCGGCAGUGAAGCACAAGGGCGAUUGACGGACACUAUUAAUAUGGUGAUGCAGGCAAGCUACCAGGCUACUUGUUGAGCUAGAUUCUCUAAGUCAAUCAUUUCUCUCCACACGAAAUCAUAGCCAAUUCAGACAUAAUUGCUCAAUUUUCCCUCGCUCUGAGCUUCGGUCAAUGGAUGCUGGAAAGAUACCCGAGCACACAAGUUUUCUCGACACUCUGCCUCCUGUUGAGUUCGCCUGUAUAUAUGGAUCCUCUCUCCAUCCAAACAAUUCUGAUAAGACAUCUAUGAUAGAUUACAUUCUUGGUGUAGCAAAUCCCCAGCAAUGGCACACAGAGAAUCUGAAAUUAAAUCGGGAUCAUUAUGUGUCAUGGAUGAUCCACCUUGGGGGAGCGCAGCUGAUAACCGGGGUUGCAGAUCAUAUUGGUGCCCGCAUACAUUUCAAUCCUUUUGUUUCUCACAGAGAUCGGAUGUUUAAAUAUGGUGUUGUUCGCAUGAAUGAUCUUGUUCGGGACAUAUCGGGUUGGGAAAGUUUCUAUCUGAGUGGCCGUUUGCAGAAACCGGUUAACGUCGUAGUAGACAAAUCAGAGAUAGAAAAACUCAACUCUGUAAACGUGAAGGCUGCAACAGCUGCUGCCCUCCUGCUUUUGCCAUCAAAAUUCAGUGAGGAAGAGUUGUACGCCAAAAUAUGUAGCCUCUCAUACAUGGGUGACUUACGAAUGCUUUUCGCAGAGGAUCGAAACAAGGUGAGAAAGAUUGUACAAGGACAGUUUGAGUUAUUCCAACAAAUGUACAAUCCAUUUAUAGAGGAAUUUGCAGCUCAAGACUUGCUUAGAAUGUCAUCUUCUGGUGAUCAAAAAUUAAAUUUAAUCCAGGAUUGUGGAUCGUCUACCACAUGCUCCCUCGUGUCUUCCCUUCCUCUGCCUCUCAGAUGCCAUACUGGGAUGAAACUUGGAGAGAAGAAACCAAUUGACGAAUCUGGUACGAUAAAUCAUUGGGCGGGUAGAGCGACACAGAAGGUAGCAAUUAAAAGGGAAGAGGCUGCAGAUUGCAUCCGGAAGACCCUGAGACGCAAAGUCAUGGUUUCGAGUGCAAGACAGGCGGUCGCAGGUCUACUAACCGCUGGUGCAGUUCACGGAGUGAAGUAUGUCGGGAGCAAAAUGAAGAAGGCAUGGAGAUCUUGGCGAUAAUCUUAUAAGUUCAAACAUGAGUCACUGCUAAAUUUUGUUUAAUGACGCUGUGAAAGGUGAAAUGACAGAAGGAUCCUGCUUUCUUGAUUAUAUAUACUCAGUUAUUGCUGUCA